AUGAUACCAACUGAAACAAAAUAUUUUUUGGAACGUCUCUCUGGGUUUCACGCGUCUCGAACUCCCCAGACCCCACCAAAGUGUUCACCAAACUCGAGGAACACCAGGUGUCAGCGGGCUUCAACCGAACGAAUCAAGAAGCAGGUAUUUGAGCACCACUGGCCCCCUCACUUUCACAUCAUCUACGAUGUUCCAGAAGGAGGUUUGAUGAAGGAAGUUGUCAUAGCCGUGGAAAAGGAUCAAAAAGGAAUUUGUAAUCAUGGAGCGGCAAGUGGAACAUUUCACUUUCGUGUCCGGACAUUGUCGGCCCGCAAUCACAGCCACCCACAUGACGGCCGUUCAUUCAUCCACGAUCAUUCCCUCCUCCUUAAUGAGACACGCCACCUACGACCGGUUCGAUAUAAAUUAUGA